AUGACUGAAUUCAUAGUAGACGAAUACUACAGCGUCGGCGGCAAUAGGCAUAGCGCAGCAGCCGACUGGUCGGUGGCCUCAGGCCUUGUUGCGUUUGGAGCCGACCAGAAUGUCGGCAUUUGGUCCCCGCAAAACACCUCUCAACCAGGGUUGUCUGCAUUACUCGGGGGACACUCUGACAAAGUCACUGCAGUGAAAUUCUUAUCAGCCCACUUCGAUAGCUCCUCUGAGCUGCUGGCGACAGGCUCUGCAGACGGCAAAUUGAGUUUGUGGAAGGCUACGACAGGCAAGACUUUUGUAUCGACUGUUACAAUCGAUGCACAUAUUGGCACGGUUAAUGCCAUUGCGUCUUUGGGACAGAGCGAUAUAUUCGCGACAGGAGGGGCGGAUGCUAGGAUAAAACUAUGGCGGGUAAAUCAAGAUAACGUGGAGGCUCUCGCGGAGGUUGCUCUGAAACCAAGGUUCAUUCCUCUAGCAUUGACUAUCAGUGCAUUCGCGGAAGAACCAUCUCCAGACAACGCAUUCCUCGUAGUAGGAGGCACUCGCAAUGACAUCCAGGUCUAUUCCAUCGACGGGUUGACGUCUAACCCCCGGGUUGGUCUGAGCGCCAGCUUGACUGGUCAUGAGGCAUGGGUCAGAUCGUUGGCUCUGACACCCACUCCAGAUGGAGGAUUUUUAUUAGCUUCUGCAAGUCAGGACAAGUAUGUGCGGAUUUGGCGAUUUGAAUCUAAAGGCCAACAAUUCGCUCGGAAUGCUAGUGGGACGAACGGCCAUCUCUCAAACGCCGUCACACUGACCGCGAAGAUCCAGAGUGUUUCCGCCGGUGCCUGCACAUGUUUAAUUUCAUUUGAAGCCCUUUUGUUGGGACACGAAGACUGGGUAUACUCAUCUCAUUGGAAUCCAAAAUCUUCGACACCACAACUCCUCACCGCAUCAGCCGAUGGUUCUCUUUCAAUAUGGGAGCCCGAAGAGUCAUCUGGUAUAUGGGUCAGUAUCUCUCGACUAGGAGAGAUCAGUAGCCAGAAAGGAGCAACCACGGCAACAGGUUCUUCUGGUGGGUUUUGGACCGGACUUUGGUCCCCUGAUGGUACUGUGGUAACAUCUCUUGGUCGGACUGGUAGCUGGCGGAUGUGGCAGUAUGUCCCUGAGACACAGUUUUGGAAUCAGAAACAUGCCAUCAGCGGUCAUAUCGGCUCAGUCGAAGGCAUAUCCUGGGCACCUGAUGGUAGUUACCUCCUGUCAACGAGCUCUGAUCAAACCACCAGGCUUCAUGCGGGUUGGAAGAGGGACGGAAAGAUUACAUGGCAUGAAUUUUCGCGGCCUCAGAUCCAUGGCUAUGACCUCAACUGCAUUGCAAGCACCACGCCUUAUCAAUUUGUGUCAGGUGCUGAUGAGAAGCUUCUGCGUGUAUUCAACGAACCUAGAGAAAUUUCUGUGAUGCUCAAUAAGCUCUGUCAGAUUCCUUUACCACCAGAAGAUAUUCAUUUACCUGAAACGGCUGCAAUACCGGUCUUGGGUCUUUCAAAUAAGGUUAUUGGUGAUGAAGAUGAUGGCCAAAACGAGGCUUUGGACGAGGAUCUCAACGCAAACACCCACUCAAGGGGACAAUCUCAAGCCCUUACUCUCCUAGGUGAGCCUCCGACUGAGGAUUUCCUUUCGAGGCAUACGCUCUGGCCGGAGCACGAGAAGCUAUACGGCCAUGGCUAUGAAAUCUCAGAAGUGAGUACCUCUCAACCAGGUACCACCUUGGCGACGGCGUGCAAGGCAAGCUCAAUCGAUUAUGCCGUUAUUCGCCUAUACGACGAAGUCAGUUGGUCCGAGGUCAAACCUCCACUUACCGCUCACUCUUUGACUGUUACCCGGCUUGCAUUCUCCUUUGAAGAACCAAAGUACCUCUUGAGCGUCGGCAGAGACCGGCAAUGGACCGUGUUCCUACAGUCAGGGCCUGACGCCAAGUCGUGGGUCCCUGUGGCCUCCAAUCCCAAAGCACACGCUCGCAUGAUCUUGGACUGUACAUGGCUGUCAAACGCUGGGAAGCCGGCGUUUGCAACGGCAGGGCGAGACAAAGCUAUGAAAAUUUGGAGCGCAGAGGACUCGUCGGCAAAGCUUGACUUUACCUGCGCGCUGGAGCUCAAAAGGAAGUCCGCCAUUACGGCAAUUGCUGCUGUCUCCGAUCGGUCCCGAUGCUUUCUUGCAACUGGUGAGGAGGAUGGAACUCUCGCGAUCCACAUAAUUAGCCUCCCAGAUGGUCUCAAACCCCUCCACAGCAUUACCGUUGACCCACGCAUAUGCCCGUCCAGAUCAGUCAAUCGCUUAGCAUGGCGGCCUGGAUAUACAGAUGGCUCGUUUCACCAGUUAGCCGUCGCAUCUGCGGAAGGGUCAGUCCGAAUCUUAAGAGUCAACUUGGAAGGGGUUUGGGGUUCAAUAGUGUGA